GGGGUUGGAGAGGCCACCCCCGGGAGGACGGCGGCGAAACACAGUGGCGGAGCAGCUCGCGAAAGGGAGAGUGCUGGACGACGGAAGUGUGUUAAUCCGCGGUUUCUCCGUCGUUCCGUCCGCGAAAGGAUUCGAUAAGCGAGCGGGAAUGGGGCUGUGCUCGAAGAUCAAAGGGCCGAGCACGCUGUACGCCGCGCGGGGCGCGCCGAGAGGGACGGCGGCGUGGACGGGGGACGCUUGAAGAAGCAUCGGAGGGCGGCGAGGUAUAUUUCCCGGUGGAUUCGACGAGGCAGCCGGUUCGAUAAGCGAGCAAUAAGAGGGCUGCGGGCGCUAAUCCGACGCCAGGAACGAAACCGGAUGAUCGGCGGGCCGUGAGAGCCGCGGAACCGCGACGGCUAUCCGUUUUUGACCGACGUUCGAUAAGCGAGCAGGAACCGGGCUGUGACCGUGUCCUAGUGGAAGGGUGCCGAGCAGUGCUGAACGGUGGUAUGACGACUUGUUGCUGAAGAGGGGUUGCUCGGGUUACACGGGAGAACGGGGAUGUCGGUGUUCGGUGUCCGCGCGCGUUCGAUAAAGCAGCGGGGACGGGGCUGUCCUGGUAAAUCGACGCUCCGAGGACAGAGAUAUUGAACAGAGAAACAAGUAAAUAUUCGCGGAGCGAACGCGUUGGACGAUCGACGGACGGUGGAGGAGCUGUUGCGAGGAUUGCGCGCUCGAUAAGGGCGCGGAGAUGGGGCUGUCGUAGCGGAGAGGAGCGACCAGAGAGCGCGAGCUGCGAGAAAGAGCGAAAGUAUUCGGGCCAGGUGAUGGAGGACGGUCUGGCAGCGGGCUGGAGGGACUGUGACAGAGCCGAGGACUCGGGGUGACCAGCCAUUGUCGGUGAAUCUCGAGGAUUCAUGGGGCGGCAGCUGGCAGGGCCGGCCAGACGAGUUUCCCAGAGAUGGUUCGCGGUCGAACGUAGCCCGAGAGAGGAAAAAGGAGGUUAGUGGAGAAAGAGUGAUAAUCGGAGGUGGGGGUGUGUGCGGGUGGUGCGCAGCAUCCGAGUGGUCCGAGGAUAUCCUCGACGACGUCGACGUUUGAUAGUGCUCGUGGAGGGACCUGUCCGAUCGGUGGCGAGCCGCGAGCCCUUUCCAGGCCGCCAGGUCAACCCUUCGGGCACCGAGAUGUCCUUCGAAGGACGGCCAGGCAUACGCUGUUCUCCCUUUUGUACGAGGUACACGAUAACCGUCUGACUGACUCCGUUGUCGCGAUGGCUCCUUUGUUCGGAGCCUGAUCGAAGAUAGGCGAGGAGAGAUCGUUGUCUUUGCUACCGGAGGGUCGCCGAGGCUUCACGCAGUAUUAUCUGGCGGCUCGAUGACGAGGUGCAAGAACCCAACGAGAUGACGUCCUCUUUUAACCGCUGACGUGAUUUCCGAAAAAUGGUGAACAGGACGAGGCUGCAGCAGGUCGUCUUACUGCUGCAGACGAUCUACCUGGUUACCUGGGCCAGUUACGAGAACACAGGGGUGUCUGACAGGUUGGAGAACGUGACGCAGACGAUAUCACGGAUUCUCGAUGGCUACGACAUUCGACUGAGACCAAAUUUCGGUGGAGAACCCUUAUCGGUGGGCAUGGACCUUACUAUAGCAAGCUUCGACGCCAUCUCGGAAGUUAACAUGGACUACACUAUAACGAUGUACCUAAAUCAGUAUUGGAAGGACGAACGACUGGCAUUCUCGCAGGAGGAGGAGGUGCUCACCCUGAGCGGCGACUUCGCGGAGAAAAUUUGGGUGCCGGACACAUUUUUCGCGAAUGACAAAAACAGCUUCUUGCACGACGUGACCGAGCGUAAUAAACUCGUCCGACUGUCCGGCGACGGAUCUGUCACUUAUGGCAUGAGAUUUACGACGACCCUGGCCUGCAUGAUGGAUCUGCACUACUAUCCGCUCGAUUCGCAGAACUGCACCGUAGAGAUCGAGAGCUAUGGUUACACGGUGAUGGACGUGGUGAUGAAUUGGAAAGAGACGCCGGUGCGCGGCGUCGAGGAGGCCGAGCUACCCCAAUUCACCAUCAUCGGCUACGAGACGAACGACCGCAAGGAGAGACUGGCCACCGGUAUAUAUCAAAGACUUUCGUUGAGCUUCAAGCUUCAGAGGAACAUCGGCUACUUCGUUUUCCAGACCUACUUGCCCAGCAUCCUAAUCGUUAUGCUGAGCUGGGUGAGCUUCUGGAUCAACCACGAGGCCACCAGCGCCAGAGUAGCCCUUGGUAUCACGACGGUGCUCACGAUGACCACGAUCUCGACGGGCGUGCGUAGCUCACUGCCACGUAUCAGCUACGUGAAAGCGAUCGACAUUUACCUGGUGAUGUGCUUCGUCUUCGUGUUCGCGGCCCUGUUGGAGUACGCGGCGGUGAACUACACGUACUGGGGCGCGAGAGCCAAGAAGAAGACGAAAAAGAAAGAGACCGACGACAAGAAAGUGAUCACUUCUAAAACGGGAAGCAAAACGAGUUCCCCGUUCCCGGGAUCCACGGAGGCCGACAUAAUCGAGCUGCAGGAUAUUCGAAUGUCCCCUUUACCGAGCAUAAGGAACAGAUCUGGCCUAAUCAGUGGCGGCUCCACCCCCGGAGCCGGAAGGGAGCAUGAUCCAGUCAAGUUUCCCCCCAGUUUUCGCAUGUCCAGAGUCGCUGCGUACAACACUCACGGGAAAAACAUUGGCCUAAGGUACAGGGGGCCCAAGCAUCACAAGCCUAAGGUUCUGCACGCGAUAAGAAGAGGAGCGUCCGUGCUGCGGGUGUCGAUGCCGAAGAUCAAGGACGUGAACAUCAUCGACAAGUAUUCGAGGAUCAUAUUCCCGGUCAGCUUUAUGCUAUUCAACGCGAUCUACUGGGUGUUCUACUUCCUCUAAACGUACGGUAUUAACACGUAAUCGGCGACAGAUGAAAAAAUGGACCAAUUGUUAAUCGAGAAUUUACACGUCGAACCGGAGACUUUUGCUGAAGCGAAAACUAUCGAAGUUCAUUCUCGAGCGAAGGGAGCAGGCAUCGAAAGUACUGAAUCGAAAGCUGCCAAUUAUAUAUCGACGAGGAGAUAGAUUUACGAGGACGCAUCGAUCCGAGCUUGUGGCGCAGCCAUAACUUUUAAAAAAAGACACGUUCCUAAUCGACGAAGCUGUACAUCCGAUAAACACGAAGCAAUAUACCCGAACACCAACGAACCGUUCACACCAAUCCCUCGGCGAUUAACUAUCGUUUAUUUCUUUUCCCGUGGAAACGCUGUGUGUACAGUAAAUUCUCCCUAAUUGAUCCUAAUUGAUGAUAAGAUUAUCGUUUUCUAAUUACAAGAUUCCAUAAAUGAUUCGUUUCUACUUUGUCCGAUAUAAAUUGUUACAGCUUCCCGCUUCCCGCCGUGUCUUCGAAAAAUUUUUUCGGCGUAAAUGAAUUACACACGGAGAAAGCAGAGAUUUCAGGCUUUAAAAUGAGUUUAGUUUCGUUGUCCUACGAUUUUUGUUCGCGAAGUUACAGUAUUUUGAAUAUCGUCGAUGUUUCGGGGGUUAGAAAUUUCGUGUAACAUCUGGAACGAGGUUUUCCAUCCACUGUGUCGCGAAUAAAUUUUUUUAAAGAAAUCGA